GCGUGGCGGUUAAGGCGUGGCGUCCGUUCCGGGCGCCUGAAGGAGACUGGAAGACACCUGGGUCGUGCGACGUGUGUCGUUGGGAGUCGUCGCGGUCACCGCCACUGCCCCCGGCCCAUGAGGAAGAUGCUCGCCGCCGUCUCCCGCGUGUUGUCGGGCGCUGCCCAGAAGCCGGCAAGCAGAGUGCUGGUGGCAUCCCGCAAUUUUGCAAAUGAUGCUACAUUUGAAAUUAAGAAGUGUGAUCUUCACCGGCUGGAGGAGGGCCCCCCUGUCACAACGGUGCUCACCAGGGAGGAUGGGCUCAAAUACUACAAGAUGAUGCAGACUGUUCGCCGAAUGGAGUUAAAGGCCGAUCAGCUGUACAAACAGAAAAUUAUUCGUGGUUUCUGUCACUUGUGUGAUGGUCAGGAAGCUUGUUGUGUGGGCCUGGAAGCUGGCAUAAAUCCCACAGACCAUCUGAUCACCGCCUACCGGGCUCAUGGCUUCACCUAUACUCGUGGGCUUCCUGUGCGAGAAAUUCUCGCGGAGCUUACAGGACGAAGAGGAGGUUGUGCUAAAGGAAAAGGAGGAUCAAUGCAUAUGUAUGCCAGAAAUUUCUAUGGGGGCAAUGGCAUCGUUGGAGCUCAGGUGCCCCUGGGAGCUGGGAUUGCUCUGGCCUGCAAGUAUAAUGGGAAAGACGAGGUCUGUUUGACCUUAUAUGGUGAUGGAGCUGCUAAUCAGGGUCAGAUAUUCGAAGCUUAUAAUAUGGCAGCUUUGUGGAAAUUACCUUGUAUUUUCAUCUGUGAAAAUAACCGCUAUGGAAUGGGGACAUCCGUUGAGAGAGCAGCAGCCAGCACUGAUUACUACAAGAGAGGCGACUUCAUUCCUGGGCUGAGGGUAGAUGGAAUGGAUGUCCUGUGUGUCCGGGAGGCAACAAAGUUUGCAGCGGCCCAUUGUAGAUCUGGAAAGGGGCCCAUACUGAUGGAGCUGCAGACCUACCGUUACCAUGGACACAGCAUGAGUGAUCCUGGAGUCAGUUACCGUACACGAGAAGAAAUUCAGGAAGUAAGAAGCAAGAGUGACCCUAUCAUGCUUCUCAAGGAUAGAAUGGUGAACAGCAACCUUGCCAGUGUUGAGGAAUUAAAGGAAAUUGACGUUGAAGUGAGGAAAGAAAUUGAGGAUGCCGCCCAAUUUGCAACAGCUGAUCCUGAACCACCUUUGGAAGAACUAGGCUAUCACAUCUACUCCAAUGAUCCACCUUUUGAAGUUCGCGGUGCAAAUCAGUGGAUUAAGUUUAAGUCUGUCAGUUAAUGGGAGAGUGCGUGUAAUGGAUGGCUGUACCUUUAGUGGGCUAUUUGACAGCAACUGUAAGGAACUUUUGUUCUCAACUUUGUGAAGGAGGGAAAACCCACAGAACAUAUGUAGAUUUAAAAUAGUAAUUGCAUGCAGUUUAUACAGUUUUGCAUUCAAGUUAUGUUCAAUUUGUAUAGGUCUAAAUAGCUAAUACAGAUUUUGCUCAGCCUUUCUUCAUAUUAUUUCCUUAAAAUAGUUCUACUCGAUUUAGUUGUUCACUGUUUUAAUAAGUACUUUUUUAGUUACUGAAAGGAAAAACAAUUCCUUGUAUGCCUGUCCAAUUUUGCCACCUUAUUGUGGGCUGGGGAGUUGCCCAUUUGCUUGUCUCUGGCCCAGCCCCAAGGCUAACAGAUCCUUAAUGUGCGCACACAUGCCUCCAUGAGUGUGUGUGUCAGUGUGGAAGCCUGCUCACACUCACUACCAUUGCUCCUUAAUAUAACAGCAUUUACUAUAUAACCAGGCAGUGGGUAGAAGGACAAUUCCAUUUUUAAACAGACUAUUUCACAAUCAUUUCCAAGGCCAAAUAACUUAGUUAUCUGCAUUUAUACAUUCAAUAAAACAAAGCAGAAAAGAAAAUAGUUUCAAAUGCAGCUAACCAGUACUAUUAAUGUAUAACCUAAAACAGUAAGUUAAAACACUUUUCUUUUUUUAAGAAUUCCAUAAUACUCUGGAUGUCAAAAACUGUUCUCAAAAUACAGCUCUACUCACCUUUAAAACAUGUUGAUAAACAGGCAUAAGACAUGUUGAUAAAAGGUACAAAACACACGCUGAUUAAUAACAGGUGAAAACAAACAUUUCAUUAACUCUUUAGAACUUGACGUUUUUAAAUUGUUUGUGGUGUUUCAUGUUUCUGUCUGAGAAGCUUUAACAAGAAAGAUGUCGGCUCCUUGCUCCCUCUGUUCUUUGGCUUAGUUGACUGCUUAAGCCUCAUUCUGGGUAGCUGCGGCCCCCCGAGUCUGUCUUCUGUACUGGGAGAUUGCAGUCCAGAGCUUGCAGAGGAGCUCCUCAUUACUACAAAACAAACAAGAGUCGUCUUUCAAGUCAAAAAACUUCUUUAGGAGCCCCAAUGGCAAAAAGUAUAGUAUAUAAUUCUACGCUUGUCUAGAUUUGCCACUUGGUGUUGAAAACUUAGCUAAAAUAGGAAUAUGUUGUUUUCAUAUAUGGAGGUGACACUCGUGCCCCAGCAGGAGUGGGACAUGGCCUUAGAGGUAUAGUCAGACCUUGGCUGUCAAACAAAACUCCAGUUCUUGGUUCUUGACCCAACAGCCCUUUCAUGCUGAUACUUGUAUGAUCAGUUAUGCAUCUCUCAGGUGAGAAAGGAGACUGUUUUCAAACAAACUUGCUUCUCAAACAGCCUUUCAAACAGCCUUCCAGAACGAAUUAAGUUUGAGAACUGAGGUUCCACUGUAUAUGCAGGUGUGCUGGUGGAUGUUUGUAGAGCAGCCCGUUUAAGUUGACAUGGGAACUAGAAUGCAGGCUGCAAUUUAAAGAGGGGUUUGGCUGUAGCAUGGAAAGCAGAGAGAUGCUUCCCUUUCACCAUCCUGCUUCUGCCUUUUCCUAUGGGGUCUUUAUAGCUAGUGCCACCUUUUUGGCUUUACUCCCAUCUUGAACCUGGGAAAAUCACAGAGUUUGGCAUUUUCUGACUAAGCCACAGGAAAGAGAAUUAACUUCAAUGAAGAGGAAAAGGCAGUAUCACUUUGUUUUCUACAACUUUGUUUAAAAGCAUAAUCACAUGAAAAAAAAUUUCUAUUGUACAAAGUGUUCUGAGGCUUGUUCUUACCAUAGUCCAAGGUAUCUGAGGUCUUCCUUAGUGACCUUAUUACGAAUAUCAGAAAGUGUAUAACCCUGUUUAACAAUCUGAAAUAAAGACCAAAUACAUAGGAGUUAGGCAGCUUUGUAAUAAUAGCAUAGGAAUGGUUUUCUUGGCUAUAUAAAUUUACCUUGUCAAUGGCAUCUGCAUCUGCUCCUUGCAGUUGUAACCAGCGUACAAGCUCUUGAUCUGGUCUCUGUCCAUAAAACCUGGGAGGCGGUGCUGGGGUCUCUGUAAUAAUUAGAAGUUUGUUUUACUAUAUAUUGAUGUGUAACAGUAAAACGUUAAUAAAAGUCACCAGUUGGAUGAAA